AUUCACAAUUUUGUAAGUACUUGUUUUCACCACAUGGUAGAAAAAAGUGAAAUCUUAUUUCCUAAAUCCAUCAAUCUCACUUAAAAAAUUCACAAUAUAUAACACCCGACUAGGGCCUUCAACCUCAUCCACAUCCCAUAUUACAUAAUAAUAAUGUUUUCAGCCCCCACAUUUCCUCUUUAUCUAUAUCCUACUUUUUGAUGAUAUAUAACACCUGAUGCCGGAACUUAAACACGCCGGAGACGAACCACCGUCACCGGCGGAGAAAACACUCUUCAAAAGAUACGAAAUCAGUUACCUCCUGGGUUACGGCGCCUUCGCUAAGGUCUACUAUGCGCGGGAUGCGCACAAUAAGGAACACGUAGCAAUCAAAGUAAUCAACAAACAAAAAAUCAUCAAAGGAGGCCUUACCGCAAACGUUAAGCGCGAAAUCUCUAUCAUGCGCCAGUUGCGCCAUCCAAACAUCGUGCGCCUCCGCGAAGUUCUCGCAAACAAGAAAAAGAUAUAUUUUGUUCUCGAAUAUGCCAGAGGCGGAGAAUUGUUUGCAAAAGUUGCGAAAUCGCGGUUUAGCGAGCAUCUAAGCCGUAGAUAUUUUCAGCAGUUGAUCUCAGUCGUCGGUUACUGCCACUCGCGAGGCGUUUUUCACCGUGAUCUGAAGCUCGAAAACCUACUUUUAGACGAGAAAUGGAAACUAAAAGUCACUGAUUUCGGGUUGUCCGCAGUUACGAACCAGAUCCGUAACGACGGACUUUUACACACGGUGUGUGGUACGCCUGCUUACGUGGCGCCAGAAAUACUGUUGAAAAACGGUUAUGAUGGUGCCAAGGUGGAUAUUUGGUCAUGUGGCAUCAUUUUGUUCGCUUUGAAUUCUGGUUAUCUUCCGUUUAAUGAUUCGAAUUUGAUGGUGAUGUACCGGAAAAUACUCACUGGAGAGUUUCGGAUCCCGCAGUGGACGUCGCCGGAGCUCAAAAGGCUGUUAUCGCGGUUGCUGGAUACGAAUCCUGUAACGCGAAUUACGGUUGAUGAAAUUCUUAAGGAUCCGUGGUUCAAAAUUGGUUAUGAAGAAGUUGAGUUUCAUCAUGAUUAUCUUGAACUGAAAGACAAUCGUUCUGAUACAUCGUCGUCAACUGGCGAUGAAUUGAAGCCCUAUUUGAAGGCGAUGAACGCGUUUGAUAUAAUCACGUUCUCCUCCGGCUACGAUCUCUCUGGAUUGUUCGAUGAUCGAGAGGACAGAGAGCGGUUUUUGUCACAGGAUUCGCCGGAGAAGAUAAUCGAGACAGUGGUGGCGGUGGCGGAAGGUGUGGGAUUGACGGUGGUGGUUAAAAAAGAGUGGUGUGUGAAGGUUGUUGGUGGGUAUAAAUGUAAUUUUGAAAUGGUUGUGGAGGUUAAACGGUUAACUGAUGAGCUGGUUGUGGUGGAAGUUAGAGUGAGAGAGAGUGAGGUGGAAACCGGUAACCGGAUGUGGAAGGAUAAAGUUAAACCGGGUUUAAGUGGUUUGGUAUAUGAAACUGGACCGGCCGGUUGACGGUGACUUAUUCAAUUAUUGGCAUUUAGUUUCUCUCCACAAGUUUCUUGACACGUUGUUUUGUCACAUCUCGCAAAUGGACAAAAUCGUAAAUUAAAAAUAAUUUUUUUUGAUAAUUUUAUACUUAAAAGAGUUUCUUGUAAAUAUAUAUUUUGUUUACUUAUCACGGCUUGUUUUCAAUCUUAA